GGUCAUAGCUAUAUCCGAAGGCCAGAUUUUCCGUCUCAAGCAAAUUAUGUUUACGAAAUUGAAACGACACGUAUGACACACUUUGUCACUACGAAAGUUCAUAACAGUAUACGAUGUUCUUUCUACCCAUGGAACCACCAAAACAAUCUGUAUAAUGAUUAUUCAUAAAAAGAUAAAAGAUCGAACACUAAGAAAAAUUCCUUCAAUCUGGUUGGAUUCGAACCAGCAUCUUCAGCAUACCACGGCGACGCUUUCCCAACAGCUACGGAACGAACCAGCAGAUCUGACGAAUUUUUCCAUGUCCUUGUUGCAAAUUUUCGUUUUUGGUUUUUAACUACUUUUGCCGUGGCGCCAUCUGAGACAAGUCUAUGAAAAUUUUUCUUAGCUAGGUAUGUACCUUUACAGCGGUUAACUAGAGAUGUCGCUUUAAUAAGUAUAAUAUGAAGUUUUUUGAAUAUCACAAUGUUGUACUAUCACGAUAUUCAUUUUUUGCAAUAUUACGCCACUAGUUUGUUAUAGUUAUUAACACAAUGAUGGAACACUAAGAAAAAUUCCUUCGAUCGGGCUGAAUUCGAAGCAGCGCAGCGUCUUCAGUAUACUAUGACGCUCUCCGAACAGCUAAUAGUUAAUAUUUUAAUUGAAUCCAAACAGGAAGCAAAACUGUAAUUUGAUUACAUAAAGUGGUCUAUGCUAUUGAAUGGCCAGUGGAUUGACUCUACAUUGACUCACUUCCUCGAAGGAGCUAAAGAAAAUCAGAGUGAAGUUACACGAGCCGACUGCAUACAGUCAGCGUACAGUCGUGCAAUGCUACCAGCUACAGUCCUUCAUUGGAACUAUAGAGGAUUUACUGAGUUCCCCUUAUAUCGACUGGAAGGCGAAGAAUCCGAUGUGACCGAUAUUUAUCUAAAGGAGAAUCUAAUAUCGCGCAUACCAAGCGACAUUGGGAAAUUAGUUCAUUUAGAAAGCCUAUAUCUAAGUGGUAAUGAUAUAACACAAUUACCGAGGGAGAUAUCGAAGUUGCAAUGUCUGAAAUGUCUGGACCUCAGCGGAAACAGGCUGAGAUGCAUACCAGAUGAAAUCGGGGAAGUAAAGAGUUUGAAGUUUUUGAUUUUAGACGAAAAUGAAUUGACUGAAAUACCAUUGAGGAUAGCAGAACUGAGAUUCCUUCGGUAUUUAUCAGUUUGUGACAACAGGUUAGAAUGGCUACCACAACGACCGGUGUACAAUUACCACCAUUGUGAAUUUCGAUUCUGGAGAAACACCAGUUUGAGGACAAUUCCGUAUUCUCUUUGGUACCAUAUGUUGAGAGACCAGCAGACCAGAAGCCUAAACAUUGGAUGUUUAAUUAUCCCAAAACAUCAACAAACUUUAAAAGGCAAUCGAUGUCGUUUAAAAUUUACACAAAAUUCACGUGUAUGGGAUAUCGACUUGGACUAUCCACCCUAUAGACACGUGCAAGAAUAUUACGCUUGUUCCCCACCGAGUCUCUACGAAUUUACCAAAAGAAAAAUAUAUCAAAUAAUUUCCGACACCGCAAAGAAACUAUCUACGAAUGGAAAUAAUACAAAUAUAUACUUGUAUUCUUACAAUAGUUUCAGUGAUCUUGAAAACAGGAACGAUGGAUUAGAAUCAUACUUCGAAAACAUGAACAUGAAUACUGGUGACGUAAAUGGGAACUCAUUAACUACAAGCAAAAACUUUGAAAUAAACAAAAAAAAUGUAAAGAAAUAUUUCUAUGUGCCUGCAGAUAUUGUAAAGGAAUAUUUUGAUUUCCUACCAUGUUUUAUAAAGCAAGACCUAUACAAUGGACCUAUGUCGAAAUGUGAAAAUACCCACUGUAAAAAACCAGUGUUUGACUACGUUAUUUAUGAAUAUUGUCUGGGGACCAUAACCUUAAUAGAUAAAACAGAACAAGUAAUACUAAGCGCUGUGUUCUGUUCGAAAUCUUGUUCUGACAUCUGGAAGAGGGGGAAAAAUGUACUCUCUUGGAAACUACUAAAAGAUCACAGAGGAGACUCCUCAGAUACAACUAUUUAA